AAAUUAAAAAUCGCAACUUUUUUAUCUGUGGAAUUGAUGAUCCAUUCGACUUCUCGCGACCCAAUCAGCGGUGCGGCGUUACGGUUUUACCGAAGAAAAAUCCAAUCAACGCAGAAAAAGAAAUUAAAAAAAACGAAUAGAAUAAAGCCGGAGAGGAGAGCGGGAGCCGUUUUGAUUUUCCUACCAACGCCCAAACCUUCUCCGUUCCCAUCACGUCGACCAAUUCUUGAUUAUACGGCGACAGCCAUGCCAGUACUAAGUAUGUACGUAUCUCCCAUUUCCCUUCAAUUCUUGAACAGCCCCCACCACUGAAAUUGUUUCAAAUUAGGUCGAAUUUCACUGUUUCAGCUUCUUUCUGGCUAUCAGCUUCUCUGCGGAUGUUUUCUGGGUUUUAGGUGUUUAGUCUAUUUCUGUUGGGUUUUGACGUGUUAAAACUGGCCCUGAGUUUUCCUCCGUGAUUUCUUCUCCCUCUGCUGUUGGGUUUUGGCGAGAUUUGAGACGGGUUAUGGUUAUUCUCUCACUGUCAUCUUUGUUUCUCUGAAACAUGGGGUAUGUUUCUCGGUUGAAGGUUGCUGUUUACUGGUAUUUGCAAGCUCUGUUAGGCUUCUUCUCCGCAUUCCUUUUCAGGUUUUUGCUGUUUUGGAAUUUGCAGGCUGGGAAAGGGAAAGGGCGGUGUUGAUUCUUUGGAGAAAAGUUUGGAUUUUUCUGAAACUUCUGCUGGGGAGUUUACUUGCGGUGAAACAGAGAUGAUGAACAUGUCUGAGGAUUCAGAGGUCGAGGGAGAAAAGAACAGUGGCGGUUUCACUUUUCGAUUCCCGACAUACGAGGAAUUCAUUAGUGGAAAUAGAGGGAUUGGGAUUGGGGUUGAAAGUGUUGAUUCUGAAGUUGCAUUGAACAAGGAUUUGAAGCAAUCUGAUUACGAAGGAGAAGAUGCUUCUAAUGAGGAGAAUGGGGAUUCUGACAUUCAUGUGUGCAGCAAAGAGGAAACUGAGGUGACAAACUUCGGAGAAAUUAAGGAUUUGAAGCAAUCUCAUCCCGAGGAAGAAGAUCUGUCUAGUGAAGAAAAUGAGAAUUCUGACAUUCAUGUGUGCAGCAAAGAGGAAACUGAGGUGACAAACUUUGGAGAAAUUAAGGAUUUGAAGCAAUCUCAUCCCGACGAAGAAGAUGUUUGUAAUGAAGAAAAUGAGAAUGUCGGCAGCAAAGAGGAGACUGAGGUGACGAACUUUGGAGAAAUUAAGGAUUUGAAGCAAUCUCAUCCCGGCGAAGAAGAUGUUUCUUAUGGAGAAAAUGAGAAUGUCGGCAGCAAAGAGGAGACUGAGGUGAUGAACUUUGGAGAAAUUAAGGAUUUGAAGCAAUCUCAUCCCGACGAAGAAGAUGUUUCUAAUGAAGAAAAUGAGAAUUCUGACAGUGAUGUGUGCAGAAAAGAGGAAACUGAGGUUACAAACUUUGGAGAAAUUAAGGAUUUGGAACAAUCUCAUCCUGAUGAAGAAGAUGUUUCUAAUGAAGAAAAUCAGAAUGUCGACAUUCAUGUAUGCAGCAAAGAGGAAACUGAGGUGACAGACUUUGGAGAAAAUAAGGAUUUGAAGCAAUCUGAUUAUAGAGGAAAAGAUGUUUCUGAUGAAGAAAACGAGAAUCCUGACAGUGAUGUGUGCAGAAAAGUGGAAACCGAGGUUGCAAACUUGGGAGAUGAGAAGAGAGAGUUUGGUAAAGCAGAGAGUGACUCUCAAUGGGAUCUCGAUUUUACUGACAAGACUUCGUUUAAAUCCGAGAAAGAUUCAUUGGUUACUGAUUCUGAUUCUGCGUCGCUUACUUUUGAGCAUAUGCAAUAUCUCAUGGGUCGUUUAGUUGAUUCGUACAGUGAAGGUUUCUUGUCUGAUGAGGAUUUCGGGGGAGAAUUCAAGCUUGAUGAUAACUCGAACCAUAUGGAUACCGAGGAGAGCCAUGAUGAAAUGUCCGAGGAAAAUCAAGAAUUUGGUACUUCUGAUCAAGAUGAUAGUGCUAUAAUGGAUGAACAUCUCGAGGAAUUCAAGCAAGAUGGUAAUGAUAGCCUUGAAACUAUGGAAUCCGAGUUUUUAUCAGAGAACGAUUUUCAUGAAGGUGCAGGGAACUUCGAGGAUUGGGGAUUAGAUGAUAGCCUCGAAAGUUUGGAACCCGAGUUUCUAUCAGAGAACGAUUUUCGUGAAGAUUUAGGCGAGUUGGAGGAUUGGGACUCAGAUGAUGAGGUCUUCACCAACAAUUUAUCAGAAUCUCAAAAUCCCAUGUCGGAAAACGAGUCAGAUUUGGAUUAUGGGGAUGCAAACAAGAUGGAAUCCUUGUGGGAACAUCAAGAUUUGCUUGAACAAAUAAAGAUGGAGCUCAAAAAGGUCAGAGCCACGGGGCUGCCUACAAUCUUCGAAGAGUCCGAGUCUCCCAAAAUGGAUGACCUAAAGCCUUGGAAAAUCGAUGAACGGUUCCAACGCGAAGACUGCAUAGGCGAGCUAAUGAAGUUCAACAAGAGCUACCGAGAAAGGAUGCGUAAACUCGAUAUCUUGACGUACCAAAAGCUGUAUGCAAUAGGUUUUCUGCAGAAAGAUCCGCUAAAAGAUCCAUUUCAAUUGCUCUCAAGCCAGAAAUCUUCAGGUCCAGGACUCAAAUCCUUGAAAAGUGUUUGGCCAUUCAAACAAAAAAGCGGUGAGAUUGAUCCAGUGGCAAAGUUUAUCAAGGAAAUACAGUGUGAACUGGAAGUGGUAUACGUGGGACAGAUGUGCCUUUCUUGGGAAUUCCUACAUUGGCAAUACGGGAAGGCCCUAGACCUGUGGGAUUCUGACCCUCGUGGGAUCCAUCGAUAUAAUGAAGUUGCGGGAGAGUUUCAGCAGUUUCAGGUGCUCCUGCAAAGAUUCAUAGAAGACGAGCGUUUCCAAGCGCCAAGAGUGCGAUACUAUAUCAAAAGCAGAUAUGACUUCCGUAAUCUUCUCCAAGUUCCUGUUAUAAGAGAGGACAACCUGAAGGACAGGAAGAAGGCGAUGAAAUUUGAGAAGGGUGAUUUUGCCAUUACAAGCGAUAUUCUAGUGGAGAUCCUGGAAGAAUGUAUACGAAUCUUUUGGCGGUUUGUUAAAGCUGAUAACGACUCCUCCACCGUGCAAGUGAAGUGUCAGAAGGGAGGAGUACACCCCGAGAUUGAAAAUGCAGAUGAUCUCGAGCUGUUAAUGGAGGUCAGAAGAAGUCUGCAAAAGGUAAAGAAAUGGUAUACUACUUAUGCAUCUAUUUUCAUUAGCUAUUUCGCGAGUAGCUUAUUCUUCUUCUUCUUCGGGCUUGGAUUGCAGAAGGAGAGGAAGCUUCGGGACACAUUGAGGAGCGAAAACUGCGUGUUGAGGAGAUUCAGAAGGUCGUGCAGAGACGACGACGAAGAUUCAGAUCAUGUUCUUUAUUUCUUCUCACAAGUAGACAUGAAAUUAGUUUCUAGGGUUCUUAACAUGUCUAGGCUAACAAAAGAGCAAUUGGUUUGGUGCCAUAACAAGCUAAGCAGGAUUCGUUUUGUAAAUAGAAGGAUUCAUGUAGACCCGUCAUUUUUGCUCUUCCCAUGAUAACAUUAUUCUCUUUUUAGCACAUAAUUAUCUCUUUUUUUUUUUUUA